GCUUUACAAAUCGCCACAGAUCCGGAUAAUGACGAGCCAGCCUGACAGUUUACUCAUCACAACAUUACCAACAGGGCGUUUCAAGCAAUGUUUAGAAGCAGUAGCUGCAACACUUAUCUUGGAAUGGGUCCACCCUGAUCGUAACAGCAUUUCCCUUUCAUUCAGGCAACAUGACAUUUUGAGCUGGUGAAAAUGAACAAACCCAAGAUGGCCUCGGAAAAAGGCGUUCCCAGUAACUCCAGUCUUCUCACGCUUCUGGACCAAAUAGAGAGGAUGAAUGGGGAGGCCAUGCUCAGGGAUACUGAACUGGCCAGACAUGUCACGGCAAAAAUCCUUCAUCUCAUCCAGACACAAGAGAAGAGUGGACGAGAGAUCAUGUCCAAGGGCAGCAGUGGAAUGGAGGUCAUCCUGGCUUCACUGGAGAACUGCAGGGAUGUUCAAACCACCUUGAACAUCCUAUACAUUCUAACCGAGUUGCUGUCUGUGGGCAGAGGCCACAGGGUGGAAGUGUUUGUUUCCAAAGGAGGAACAGGAAUUUUAUUCCAGAUUCUGAUCGCUGCUAGUAAAGAGUCCCCUCCCAGCAUGGAGCUCAUGCUUCAUCUGCAUUCCCUUCUGGCAAAGGUUGGACCUAAAGACAGGAGGUUUGGCAUGAAGGCUCGUCUGAGUGGAGCACUGAAUGUCACCGUCAGCCUGAUAAGACAAAAUCUGCAAAACACCAAACUGCUUCUGCCCUGUCUGCACGUUCUCAGAGUUUACUCUUCCAACUUGGUAAAUGCCAUGUCAUUGGGCAAGAUUGAAGGGGUGGAACUCAUGUUCAAGAUUAUUGGACCGUACAGCAAGAAAAAUACUACUCUGCUCAAGGUAGCUCUGGACGCACUGGGAGCUCUGCUCAAAUCCAAGACAAAUGCUCGCCGUGCAGUGGAUGGUGGCUAUGUGGCUGUUUUGCUGUCUCUGUACCAGGAUUGGCAUCGCAAUGACACGCGAUGCCGCCACAUUUUGAUUCGGAAAGGGCUCCUGGUCUGCCUUAGGAACAUUACUAACAUCAAGCUUGGUAGGAAGGCUUUCAUAGAUGCUGACGGCAUGAGGAUUCUACACAACUCAUCCACUGAGUGUCUCCCUGUGCGGACUCUGGAUCCUCUUGUUAACACGUCGAGUCUCAUCAUGAGGAAGUGUUUUCCUAAGAACCGUCUGCCUCUGCCGACCAUGAAGUCCGCCUUCCAGUUCCAGCUGCCUCACAUACCUGCUGGAGGUCCGGUGGCACAGCUGUACAGCCAUCCUCCCGGGGGAAAAACAAGUCAUCAGCUCAGCAACAAGGUCUUAAAGAAGGUUGAUGAUGUAGUGGAUGACAGUGAUGAUAACGAGGAGGCAGAGGCCGAUACAGACACUGAGAAUGACGAAGAUGAGAAGGACAACUACAUGCUGAACGAUGACAUAGAAACCGACCUGAACAAGCUUUAUCCCAAAAGGAGCCUUUGCCGUCCUUUCGAGGAGUUAAAGGUCUACGAGAGAUUCUUCUUAGAGUUAUCUGAAGACUUUCAGGGAUACACCCUUAAGGGCCCAAAGAGUACCAAUUCCAUGCCUUUGUCUGCUUCCCCAUCAUCUUUGUCAGCAUCAGCUCGUUCUUCUCGACCAGUCACAGUGCCGACUGCUCAAACUCAGCCACCAAAUGACAUUCCGACGCCACGUUCUCAGGGGGAUUGCAACUCUACCAAAGGUCAUGAAACCCGGCCAUCUUCAUCUGCUCUCAAGUUAACCCCCUCUCCUCCUGUAACACCUCUAGACCUGGACAACAUCCACCUGAGCAAAGACAAAGAUAAAAAAGAGGAGGCCAGUAGUCCUCCUGAUGGGGAUAAAGUGAUAGAGAAGGAACUAGUUAGUCCAUUUGAGUGUGUCUCCUUGGAGGAAAAGGAAGAUCUAAAUGCUGACGGCUCUGAAAGAGUCAGACGAGAAGGGUCUCCAAUCAAUGCCACCAGACACAUACAGUCUCCUUUGCUUUUGGGGGGUAUCCCAACUCUUCGAGUUGGAAGUGGAGGCAGUAAUUUUGGUUCAGAUUGUGGCUCAGAGGGGGCUGACGAAGAAGGAGGGGAGGGGGCCGUUCUGGAAGUGCCAGACACCGCUCGCCUACUCCCGCUUCACAAUCCAGACCUUUAUGUGGAGAUGGUGAAGGAAACCUGCUCAGUCCCACGGUACGCAGAAGUGGCCUACCCAGACUACUUUGGUCACGUGGCACCAACAUUCAAGGAACCUCUCCUGGAGAGACUUUAUGGUGUGCAGAGGUCCAAGAUUUUCCAGGACAUUGAGAGAUUGAUUCAUCCAAAUGAUAUAUUGGAUAAAGUGGUUUAUGAUCUUGACAUUCCCAAUUGUCCUCUGGUUAAAGACGAAGGGGAAUCACUGAAGUUCAACUCUCAGUUUGAGUCUGGCAACCUCAGAAAGGCAAUUCAAGCUAGGAAGUAUGAGUACGAUCUCGUGCUGAAUGCCGAUAUAAACAGUAAUCACUACCACCAGUGGUUUUAUUUUGAAGUGAGCGGCAUGCGAGUUGGAGUUACUUACCGCUUCAACAUCAUCAACUGUGAGAAGUCAAACAGCCAGUUCAACUAUGGCAUGCAGGUGCUGAUGUACUCUGUGCAGGAAGCCAUCAGUGGCCGGCCUUGUUGGGUCAGAACAGGAACAGACAUCUGUUACUACAAGAAUUACUUUGCACGGAGUUCCAUUGCAGCCGGUGGACAGAAAGGAAAGUCUUAUUACACGCUGACCUUCAGCAUGAGCUUCAGCCACAAGGAUGACGUCUGCUACUUUGCCUAUCACUACCCGUACACUUUCUCCACUCUUAAGAUGCACCUUUCCAAACUGGAAGAUUUGAGGACACCUCAGAUUUACCUGAGACAGGAUGUACUGUGUGAAACCCUGGGAGGAAACCACUGCCCCCUCCUCACAAUCACUGCCAUGCCCGAGUCCAAGUCCAGUAAUCACAUCUACCAGUUUCGGAAUCGCCCAUUGAUCUUCUUGUCAGCCAGAGUACACCCUGGAGAGACUAAUGCCAGCUGGGUGAUGAAAGGCACACUGGAGUUCCUGAUGGGCACCAGCACUCUGGCAGCCAGCCUGAGAGAGGCGUACAUCUUCAAGAUCGUCCCCAUGCUCAACCCUGAUGGAGUUAUUAAUGGAAAUCAUCGUUGCUCUCUGAGUGGAGAGGAUUUGAAUCGCCAGUGGCAGAACCCCAAUCCUGAGCUCCACCCCACCAUCUACCACACCAAGAGCCUGCUGCAGUAUCUUGCACACAUACAAAGGGCACCCCUGGUGUUCUGCGAUUACCAUGGUCAUUCUAGAAAGAAGAAUGUCUUCAUGUACGGCUGCAGUCUGAAGGAGACGGUCUGGCAGUCCAACAUUAGCGCCACCUCGAGUGACUUACAGGAGGAUCUGGGGUACAGGACACUUCCUAAGAUCCUGUCUGAGAUUGCUCCAGCCUUCAGCAUGGCCAGCAGCAGUUUUGUUGUGGAGCGCUCCAAAGAGUCAACGGCCCGCGUGGUUGUUUGGAGAGAGAUCGGAGUGCAACGCAGCUAUACCAUGGAGAGCACGCUGUGUGGCUGUGACCAGGGAAAAUAUAAGGGUUUCCAGAUAGGUACCAGAGAGCUGGAAGAGAUGGGGGCUCAGUUCUGUGUGGCCCUCCUGAGGCUGAAGAGGUUGAUCGGGUUUCGCAAUCACCAACAUGGAUGGGAUUUGGACAACGAUGUGAUAGCCAUCCCAGCAAAAACAGUGAGCAGUAGCCCGUCCACCUAUGUGAUGGAAGAAGACGAGCCGUCCUUCCUGGAGGCGAUCGACUACAGCGCUGAAAGCAACGACGAAGACGCUGAGCCUGAAAACGAGCUUGCUGACGAAGCUCAGGAGAAUCUGGACCAGCUCUCAGACUGACACGGAUCUUAAGCUCACAACUAGCCAGUGCCUGUUCUAAGUUGAUAACAAAGCAUUGGAUUUCACAGCAGAAAUUGUGAGAACCCUCCACAUCUCACUCUGUCUGGUGAAUAGUCUCCAACACUGUUUGCCCUUUUCCCACGUUUUCUGUAGCCCGGCUCAGUGGCCCACUGCUUUUAUCUGAAUGUGCAAACUCCAUUUGCCUUUUCCUCCAAACUCACGUAAACGACUGUAAGAAUUUGGGGGGUUUUUAGUGAAUGUUUUCACUGUUACCAUCAUGCUUCCAGCCUUUCUAGUAACUGAAGGAACGUGGAUUUUCUUGCUCAAACUACAGGAAACCAGCUUUCUUUUCCUCUUGAUUGACCAUCAUCGAGAUUGAUAACAAGCGUUCGUGCACCUUUGAGUAGUCAUCCUCACCUCGUCUUUUCUAAAAUAUCUCCUUUCUUCGCCACAGUGCAAUCACUCUUGCUGUUCGCCUUUCUCCGUCUAUGAAUGAAACUGUAGAUCACACGAAUGUAAAAUGUCCACGUCCUCCUCAGCUCUUGAAAUGCAGAUGCAAACCUUUGUAACAAACUUCUGGGGUUUCUCGUAUCCACAUGUAUCGUCGGUGUUACCACACUAAAUGAUUACACAGUAUUCUAAAGCUAUAAACAAUAUGCAUGAGCUGCUAAAAAGCAGAAAACACAUUUGCACCUCUACAGAUAGUACCUAGAAACGAAGAUGAACAUCUGGAGUGUUGGUAAAAUUCAUUUUACAUGUCCAAAAGGUUACCUGAUGGUCAACUUGCUGUUUUAAAAGUGAUACUGGAAUUGUCCUUUGCUCCUCUGUGUACAUUAGUGGAAUUGCUUUAAGCACAUGGCACCUUGUAUGAUAAGAACGGAAUAUUUGGAUUGUUCUUUUUAUGAACGUCUGUAGAUUUGUUUGUGGAGUAUCAGGCUUUCUUUUUUAGUUCUAGGGUGGACCUUUAAUGUUUGUAUACGAACCAUCCAUAUGGAUGAAAUGCCUACAACAUACCGUAUAUUCCAUUAUUCAGCUAAACUGAAGCUCUCAGAGUUUCUUCUUUUAAUUUGAUUACCUUGACUUUUUCCCCUCUUCUUCCUCUGUCCUUCAAUAUUCUUAUCGUUUUUCCUAUUUUGCCUUUAAAACGUCUCACAAAACCAAGGUGAUCACUGUUACAAAUGCACACACAAGCUUGGUAGAGAUGUAAAAUGUUUAUGACAUCAUGUCGACACAUAAUUUUAAUAUUUGAUGUGCAUAUUGAUGUUUGUGAAGCCGUUUGUGUUGCAACCUUGUGCUUGAAACGUUUUUAUUUGCUUUUGGUUUGAAUUCGGACAAAGAUGCCAUCUUGUUUUAGGUUGUUGGUGUGGCAACCAAAACGUGAGGCUACAUGGAGGAGUGAAGCUUUAGGAAAUAAAAUGUGAACCAAGAAAACUGCCAUUUGGGUUCAUCUUCCUUCCUGAACUUUGUAGUAUCAAAUAUAAUGCACCUUUUUUUUUUUUUUUUUUUUACAAAAAUAUGGCUCCAAGGGUUUUUUAAACCCUCCGUUUAAAUGAAAGUUAGAUCCUCAAUUGUUUUAACCUUAUUCAGCUGUUCUUUAAGUUAAAAAAAAAAAAAAAAAAAAGUAUUUGACUAAGACUAUUAUUAAAAGGAAAAGUCAGUAUGUAUAAGUCGGUUCCUAAAACACACAUGACUUGCAAAAAUGUGAAAGUGUCUAAUAAAGAUCUUAAGAUCUGAA